GCCCGCGCCCACCGCCGCAUCGCUCUGAGCCGGCCGCCCCCAACCUCCAAGAUGUGGCACAACGUCGGGUUGACCCUGCUGGUGUUCGUGGCCACGCUGCUGAUCGUCCUGCUGCUGAUGGUGUGCGGUUGGUAUUUUGUUUGGCAUCUUUUUUUAUCGAAAUUCAAGUUUCUGAGGGAACUGGUGGGAGACACUGGAUCCCAGGAGGGAGAUCAUGAGCCUUCAGGGUCUGAAACAGAAGAGGAUGCUUCAUCGUCUCCACACAGAAUCAGAUCUGCUCGCCAGAGGAGGGCACCUGCUGAUGAAGGCCACUGACCCUAGCCAUUGUCCUGUGUUAGUCAAUGAUGAAAGGCAGUUGAGAGCCUCUUGUCUUUAAUGACUUGGCUUUGCAAUUUGCUAAAAUGUUGAAGAACAUUUGUACUUGGAUAUUAAGUCCAAUUCAAAAAAAAGGUUUACAUGUAAGCCAUAUAAAAAUAAAGGGAAUCGAAACCAAAUUGGACCAUUGCUAAUGUCAUCUUAAAGAUAAUCUUUUGCUUUACUAGCUUUUAAUUAUAUACUUAUUCCUUGGCUCUUGAGCUUAUUUUCUUGCACUUGUGUGAAUCUGUUAAACAUUACAGGCUUGAAAAACUGUA